AUGGCUAUCCCAAAAAGCAUUGCUGCUGACUUCACCUGGGAGCUCGCUGCGUACACAUCCCUCGCGUGUUGGGUCGUCUAUGCGGUAUGUCUGGGCGUCUACCGGUUGUGGUACAGUCCCAUUGCCCACCUGCCUGGCCCCAAGCUUGCCGCGUUGACGCAGUACUACGAAUUUUACUAUGACAUUAUUCUUGGUGGACAGUACACUUUUCGCAUUGUCGAGAUGCACAAGCAGUACGGUCCGGUUGUGAGGAUCAGUCCCUGGGAGGUCCAUGUUAGUGAUCAUGACUUUCAUUCUGAACUCUACCCAGGGCCGCACCGCCGUCGCCACAAGUGGCUGUUCUGGGCCAAGCAGUUUGGAGCUCCUCACAGUGGUCUGGCGACUCUCGACCACGACCAUCACCGGCUCCGCCGCACCCCCUUGAACCAGUUCUUCUCGACCAAGGGCGUUCGCGAUCUCCAACCCAUUCUCGAAGAACGGGUAGACCAGCUUCUAGGCCGUCUGCAUCGCGAGGGACGGGACCGUCCAACUGAGCCGCUUGAUCUCAUGUAUCCGUUCUCUGCUUACACCAACGACGUCAUCAAUCAAUACGCUUUUGCGCGAAGCGAUCACCUAAUCGAGGAGCCUGACUUUGGUGCUGCUACAAUUGACAGCCUCCUUAAGGGCACACAUAUGGGACCAAUCAUAAAACACAUGAACUGGGCUCUGACGCUCGUCAAUGCUCUACCAGAAUCAGUCUCGGGGCGCUGGGUGCCUGGCUGGGACGGUUGGUUGAAGCUCAAGAACGACAUCCUUGGCCAAAUUCGCGACAUCAAGGCUACACAAGGGACUAAGAACUGGGAACUCGAUGUCGACCACCCGACCAUUUUCCACGAAUUGCUUUCCUCCGAAAUACUACCCGACGUUGAAAAGGAGACUGAUCGCCUGGCGCAAGAUGGACAGAUUCUCGUCCAAGGCGGCACUCUGACUACAUCUUGGGCGCUCUCACUUGCCGUUUUCCACCUGUGCCACCGACCGGAAACACUCAAAAAGCUUCGCGACGAGCUGUUUGAGGCGAUUCCCGAUGUCAACGAGGCCGUCCCCCUCGCGCGGCUCGAGAGCCUGCCGUACCUGCGCGCCGUAGUCAAGGAGACACUGCGCCACAGCGUCGGCACGAGCAGCCGCCUGUCCCGCAUCGCGCCCGACGAGUCGUUUGACGUGGCCGAUCCCGACACCGGCAAGUCGUACCACAUUCCCGCCGGCACCGUCAUCAGCAUGAGCCCGUACCGCACCAUCAUGGACGCGAGCAUUUUUACGGACCCACUGGCCUUCCACCCCGAGCGAUGGCUCAACGAGGACGAACGGCUGGACGGGUAUCUGAUCAUGUUUGGCGGCGGCACGCGCGUCUGCCUCGGCCAGGCGCUCGCGCAGGCCGAGCUGCACCUGAUGCUGUCCAAGCUCUUUCGCCGCUGGGGUAGCGGCGGCGAGGUGGGCGGAGACGAGACGGGUGACAGGCGCGAGGGUGACGUGGGUGUGUUUAAGAUUUUCGAAACGACGCCAAAAGAUUGUGAAAUGGCGUCGGAUUACUUUAUCCCAUUGCCUUACAAGGGCAGCAAGGGUUUGCGAUUUCUUCUGGAAGCUUUUUAA